AUGGGUCUCAUACCAGCGCGCAAGGCUGUGGCCCUUCGUGUUCAGAAAGGACAAACGGUCAAGAUAAUCAACACACAUGGCAAACAAGUGGUGGACUUUUGGGCGCUUAACCCUGACAACACCAGCGACUUCCUUUCCAUGGUUCACACUAGGACAAUACUCCUCAGGGUGGCCAUCUGUCCGGGUGAUAAACUGUAUAGCACGUCCAGAAAAGCCAUGCUUACAGUCUUGGAGGACACCACCAAAGGUGUUCAUGACCUCGUCUGGUCCGCGUGUGACGCAGAACGGUAUCGCAUGCAGGGUGUUACGGAGCCUCACGACAACUGUGCCGACAACUUUCGUGCUGCUGUUAGAGAUGGCUUUCCCAGUCUUGAAAUUGCAGACGGCUGGGUGCCCGAUCCUUCGAACCUUUUCAUGAACGUCGCUAUUGAUCAUCAUUCCAACCUCAUCAUCCGUCCUCCUUCGAGUGAGAAAGGCCAGUUCAUCUCUUUCCAGGCGGAGGCGGACCUCAUCAUCGUCACGAGCGCUUGUCCCCAGGAUAUCGACCCCGUAAAUGCCGGGAUGCCAACCGACUGCGAAUUUGAGAUAUCGGGCUCGACUGAACGGGACAUGGCGCUGGCGUCCGUUCCGAGGAGCCCCAACACGCGCCGCCCUAACGUCAAGGUCUGUCUUUCUUUCGACUUUGAUGCGGUUUCCCACUGGCUAGGCACUGGCUGCCAUCCGGAUAACAACAUGGCAGACUACAGCUCGGGGAUCUUCGCCGGUCAGGUUGGGGCUCUGCGACUUCUGGAAAUGCUGACCAGGAACAAAAUCAACGACAAAGUCACCUGGUUCGUUCCUGGACACACCGUCGAAACUUUUCCAGACACCGUCAAAAAGGUUGUUGAGUCUGGUGCAGAAAUUGGUCUCCACGGCUACUCGCACGAAGGCAUAUAUCAGAUGACCGAGGAACAAGAGAUUGAAGUGCUUGAGAAGUGUAUUGAGGUUGCGACUAAGCUAGUCGGGAGACCGCCCCGUGGCUAUCGCGCCCCGAUGUACACGAUCAGAGAAACCACUGUCAAGCUCCUGCGUAAGCACAAGUUCCUUUACGACAGCUCAUUGAUGCACCACGAUUCGCAACCUUACUUCACGCCCAAUGAUCCACCAAUUAAGACCAUUGACUUCUCGAAGCCGGCGUCUUCUUGGCUUACUCCCACACCAAUCGCUUCCCAAACCUAUCCGACCGGCGAUCUGCACCCGUUAGUCGAGCUUCCAUGCGUCUGGUACAACGAAGACAUGAUGCCGCUACAAUAUCUUCCUCAUCUGGCAAACAGUAUGGGCUACGUCUCUACCAGAGUAGUAGAGCAGAUGUGGAAAGACAAGUUUCUGUGGCUAUGGGAGCAUGGAUCAAAAGAAGGAUCGGGCUCCAUUGACUUCAUCUUCCCUAUUUUGAUGCAUCCCGAUACCAGUGGUAUGGCGCACAUCAUCGGUAUGUCUGACCGCAUCAUAAAAUGGCUGAAGUCCUUCGGGGAUAGUGUUGAGUUUUGUACGCAUGAAACCAUAGCCAAGUUGUGGCUGGCGGAACAGAAGCAGGCCACGAAGUGUCAUGAGGGCCUUGUUAACGAUUCGGUGGCCAUGAGAAUGGUUCUGCUUAACAACUACUUGAUAAGACGAUUCAGCUAUCUAUCUAUCCUCCCAUGA